AUGGCUUCUUCGUCGCUGAGAUCUUCCCAAACGGCAGCACCGUCCAACGGCGGAGGAGUCGGAAGGUCCGAGAGGCAGCAACGCCAAACGACGUCGUCGUCAGUCCGCUCCAAGCCGGCGCCGCCGUCCGCGACUUCACGGCGCUCCGUCACUCCCACCUCUCGGCUCCCGAACUCCAAUUCCGAGCUCCACCAGCAAGAUGCUGGAAGAGUGAGGGUUGCUGUUAGAGUUCGGCCGAGAAAUGACGAGGAUCGAGUUUCCGAUUCGGAUUACGGCGACAGUGUUGAGGUCCAGCCUGAGUUGAAGCGGUUAAAGCUGAGGAAAAACAAUUGGAUGUCAGAGUCCUAUAGAUUUGAUGAGAUUUUUACCGAGACUGCCUCCCAGAACCGUGUUUACCAAGUGGUAGCAAAGCCUGUAGUUGAGAGUGUAUUGAAUGGAUAUAAUGGGACGGUCAUGGCUUAUGGUCAAACGGGUACUGGGAAGACUUACACACUCGGCAGGAUGGGUUGUGAUGAUGCAUCGGAGCGUGGUAUAAUGGUCAGAGCUUUGGAGGAUAUUAUUUUGAGUACGGCUCCGGAGUCUGAUACUGUGGAAGUUUCAUACUUGCAGCUGUACAUGGAAUCUAUACAAGAUUUGCUUGCACCAGAAAAAACUAACAUUCCCAUUCAUGAGGACCCCAAGACCGGUGAGGUCUCACUUCCUGGUGCUUCAGUAGUAAGAAUUAAAGACCUUGAUCAUUUCUUACAACUUCUGCAAAUUGGUGAGGCAAACCGGCAUGCAGCCAACACAAAUCUAAACACGGAAUCUUCUCGUAGUCAUGCCAUUCUCAUGGUUUUUAUUCGUAGAUCUGUGGAAGAAAAAUCUACAGAUGAGAUCAUUUCUCAGGAGAAAGCCUUGAGAAACGGCUUACCUAUAAUACGAAGAAGCAAGUUGCUCAUUGUUGAUCUUGCUGGAUCCGAAAGAGUUGAUAAAUCAGGCAGUGAGGGCCACUUGCUGGAGGAGGCUAAAUUUAUUAAUCUUUCACUGACUUCCCUUGGGAAAUGUAUAAAUGCAUUGGCGGAAAACAGUCCACAUAUCCCAACCAGAGAUUCCAAGCUUACAAGGUUGCUACGUGAUUCAUUUGGAGGUACAGCGAGGACAUCACUUAUAAUAACAAUCGGACCAUCAGCACGGCACUAUGCAGAGACCAGUAGCACAGUAAUGUUUGGACAACGGGCAAUGAAAAUAGUAAACACGGUAAAACUUAAAGAAGAAUUUGAUUAUGAAAGCCAAUGUCGGAAGCUUGAGAACCAAAUAGACAAUCUCACCGCAGAAUUUGAACGGCAACUGAAGUUGAGGGACAGUAAGAAAUAUGAAUUGGAAAGACGGCUGACAGAGUUUCAGCAUUCUUUUGCUGAGGCCAAAGAGAAUCUGAUCACAAGGUCUGAGGUUUUAGAGAAGGAAAAUACUCGCUUAGAGCUGGAGAUGAAAGAUCUUUUAUAUGAACUGAACAAUCAGAAAGAACACCAUGAUAUAAUGCAUGAUAAGGUGGCACAGCUUGAAAUGAGUUUAGAACAGGGCAAGCAACACCAGGUUGAAAGUUCUACGUACCAGAAAAUACUAGCUGAUACCACUCAGAUGUAUGAAGAGAAAAUAGCAAAGUUGAUGAAGCAGCUUGAAGAUGAGCAUACUUGUUCUGGAAGCAAAGAGGAUCAGUUAGAUGCCAUGAGGAAGCUUCUGACUGACAGUCAGAAGACUAUUCAGCGACAUGAGAUGGAACAUUCUACAUAUCAAAAGGCACUUGCUGACACAACUCAGAUGUAUGAGAGGAAAAUAGCCGAGCUAAUGGAGCAAUUGGAAGAUGAGUGUUCCCGUUGUGAAGAUUUAAAUGAACAAUUUAAUUUGGCGAAGAAGCUACGUCAUCAACAAAGUUCAAUGAAGGGGAAGAAGGAGAUUGAUGAACUAAAAGUGAAGUUACAAGACAUGAAGCAGCUGCACGAAUUAACUCUGAACGAGUUUCAGUCCUUGAAAUCAGACUACUCUGAUCUAUCAGCAGAGAAGGCUAGACUAGAUGAAGAACUUCAAGAUGUGAAGCAAAGACUUCUAGCGGAAGAGAAGAAGAGGAAAACUUUAGAGAAUGAGCUGGUCAUGCAUAAGAAGGAUGUACCAGAGAAAGAAGAUGAUUUUGAGGACAAGAAAUCAUAUAUGAAGGAAAAUAUAUAUAAAGGAUCUUCUACUUUGGGGAACCCAAUGGGUUUACACAAUUCAAAUCCAUCAAGGGAGUCGCUAUCUAGCCAUAGGGAGACACCUUCUAGUCAGAGGGCCACAAUUGCAAAAAUAUGUGAAGAAGUUGGGCUUCAGAAGAUCGUACAACUGAUGACAUCUGAAGAUCUAGAUGUCCAAACCCAUGCUGUGAAGAUGGUAGCCAAUCUUGCAGCUGAAGAUAUGAAUCAGGAAAAGAUCAUGGAGGAAGGCGGUCUAGAUGCUUUGCUUAUGCUGUUGCAAUCCUCACAAAAUACAACUAUUCUUCGAGUGGCUUCUGGAGCAAUAGCCAAUCUGGCGAUGAAUGAGGUAAAUCAAGGCUUAAUUAUGAGCAAGGGUGGAGCUCAGCUACUAGCAGGGACAGCAUCGAAGACAAAUGAUCCACAAACUCUUAGAAUGGUUGCUGGAGCACUCGCUAAUUUAUGUGGAAAUGAAAGAUUACACAUGAUGCUGAAAGAAGAUGGAGGCAUUAAGGCGCUCUUGGAAAUGGCAAGGUCAGGGAGUAGUGACGUUAUUGCGCAAGUUGCUAGAGGAAUGGCCAAUUUUGCGAAGUGUGAAUCUCGCGGAACUAUUCAAGGACAUAGGAAAGGUCACUCCCUUUUGCUCGAAGAUGGUGCCCUUACUUGGUUAAUUAGCAACUCCAGUACUACCUCGUCUUCAACCAAACGCCAUAUUGAGCUUGCUCUCUGCCAUUUAGCACAAAACGAGGACAAUGCAAACGAUUUCAUAUUCAGUGGAGGGCUGAAAGAGCUUGUACGGAUAUCGGCUGAAUCCAGUAGGGAAGAUAUACGAAAUUUAGCAAAGAAGACGUUGAGAUCGAGUCCAAAAUUUCAGACUGAGAUCCAUGCGGAAUAGAAAGACGUACAGAUUGCACCCUAUGUAGCUUUUGUUAAUUGGUCAUCUGAGUUCUCAAAAUCUGAAACUCACUUUUUGGACUCAACUCCAUUGUAUAGCAGGAAAAUUGCAAGAAAACAAAUCAACAAUCUCAUACAAUAUUCAAUCAUGACAUAGAAAGCCAAAAGAAAACAAAAGGUGGCAGAACGCUUCAUCACCUU